AUGAGCGUAAAGAAUUCAUUCCUGGCUAGUCGUCAGAGUACUACAGGCACAACUGAACAAUCAUCAGAUAAUGAUUCAACAACAACAUCAACAACAUCAACAACAACAACAACCAGUCAGCCAAUUCCAUUCACUCUGGAUGAUGGUGUUGUUGUUGCAUCUAAACCACCUCAAGAUGGAUCACUGGAACUGUUGGAGAGUCUUGGUUCAUUGUCAAUCAAGAAGUCAGUCAAGUCGUCUACAAAGGAUAAUGGAGAUGAUGAGGAGCAGGGCGAUGAUGAUGAAUAUAUUGCACCAACAAAUAGAAACAUAACAAGUCAAUUGCUAAAGGAGGCUGCUGUUGCUGUUAAGACUGAGCUGACACAGAAGCAGCAACAGAGUGUUGCUGAGGACGACGAAGAGGAGGAGGAAAUUCCAGUUUCAACAAGAAGAACAAUCAAAAGACUGGUGUUGGAUGACGAAGGUGAGAGUCCUUGUGUCGCACCACAGCACAACAACAACAACAAUGUAGUAGUAGAAGAGGAGUGGGAGGACAAGGAAGAGGAGAAGAAGGAAAUCAAGGAGGUGGUCCCAGCAGAGUCACAACCUUCAACACUCAAUAGACUCAAGCGCAAGAAGAUGCCAGAGAAGGAGGUGGAGCCACAAGAUGAUAUUGUUUCAGAGGAGGACGACGAGGAGGAUGACGAGGAAGAAGAUGAAGAUGAUGAGGAAGAGGAAGAUGAUGAUGAAGACUAUGAGAGUGAAGAAGAGGAGGAGGAAGAGGAUGAGGAGUAUGUACCAAAGAGACAAACCAAGUCAACAAAGAAAUCGACAACAAAGAAGUCAAUUCCAGUGGUGGAGGAAGAGGAAGACGAUAUUCAAGAGUCUGGCGAUGAACAGAAUGAGGAGGGGGAGGAGGAAGAGGAGGAGACCAAGUAUGAAGACCAACUCAAUGGAUUCAAGAAGAACCUCAAGACUGAGAACUACCACAGUACGACUGUGCUGGAGGAUGAUGUGACACUGGCCCAGCGAGAGUUUGUUGUCUCCAAGCAAUCGUAUGAACAGCUGUUCUGGUACCAACGCGAGGGAAUCAACUGGAUGUGGCAACUGUUCACGCGUGGCGCCGGCGGCAUCCUGGGCGACGACAUGGGUCUUGGCAAGACGAUGCAGGUGAUCACAUUCCUCAAGCAACUGCACCACGCCAAGUUCGUCAAGUACUCCCUGGUGGUGAUGCCCGUGUCGCUGAUCGAGCAUUGGGUCAAGGAGUUUGAGCGCCUGCCGCCCAAGGUCACGGUGCGCGUCUACCACGGCGCCAACGUCAAGGAGAGAGAGCGCAGUCUCGAGUUUGUCCAGAAGAACGGUGGCAUCCUGCUCACCACCUAUGGAAUGAUUGUGGCCAACACCGAUCAGUUGAAGGAGCGAUCGCGCAGGACCUUCCAGUGGGACUAUAUCAUCCUGGACGAGGGCCACAAGAUCAAGGAGACCAAAACCCAGAUUAGCAAGAAGCUGCGAGAGCUGCGCGCACACUACAAGAUCAUCAUGACUGGAACCGCCAUUAUGAACAACCUCCGUGAGCUAUGGGCCCUGUUUGACUGGGUGUGCGACGGUACCCUGUUGGGCUCAGUGCGCAACUUCUCCUCCAAGUUUGAGAAGCCAAUCCUUGGCGCGCACAUCUCUGACUCUACACAGUCGCAGAAGAAGAUGGGCUCAGCAGUGGCAGAGUCAUUGCGAAAGAUCAUCGCACCACACUUCCUUAGACGCGAGAAGAAGGAUGUGUUCUCCACAGGAGACAGCGCACUGCCUGCAACCCAUGCGCCUGGCACUGGCAAGGAGAAUGAUGAGAACCACUCCAACAUCGAGGCCAACGCCAAGACGUCCACGUCCACAACAACACCAACAAAGGCAGCAGGACAGCCACUGGCCAAGAAGAGAAUGUCAGUCAAAGGUAUCAGGACCAGGAAGAACGAUCUCAUCUGCUGGCUGAGUCUGGCGCAGCCACAGAUCGACAUCUACAAGGUGUUCCUGGACUCGGAGGAGGUGAAGAAGGCGCUCAAUCAGACCGAGUCGCCACUUGCCGCGCUCACCGUGUUGAAGAAGAUAUCCGACCAUCCACUGCUGGUGCACGACCAGAUGACCACAUGCAAUGGCGCCGACAUGCAAGAGAUACUCCAAAAGGUUGGAGAGAACACAUCGAUCAAGUCAUUGGUGCGCAACUCCUGCAAGAUGCAGUUCCUCUACUACAUGCUGCCGAACCUUUUGAAGGAGGGACACCGUCCACUGAUAUUCAGUCAGUCCACCAAGAUGCUUGAUGCAAUCGAGAAGUUGUUGGAUAAUCUGAAACUGAGCUUCACUCGUAUUGAUGGAUCGAUAUCAUCGACCAAAGAACGACAGAGAAGGAUUGACGAGUACAACACUGACAAGAGUAUCUUUGCCUUCUUGCUCACCAUCCAGGUUGGAGCACUUGGACUCAAUCUCACAAGCGCCGAUCGUGUCAUCAUCUUCGAUCCAUCAUGGAACACUGUUGACAACCAGGCUGUCGAUAGAGUAUAUCGUAUUGGUCAGACAAAAGAUGUCUUGGUCUACCGUCUCAUCACCUGUGGAACAAUUGAGGAGAAGAUCUAUAGGAAGCAGGUGUUCAAAGGAUCACUGAUGAAGACCAUGUUGAACCAGAGCAAAGGACAGCACAGAUACUUCACCAAGGGCGAGCUGAGGGACUUGUUCACACUCAAUGAUACCACCGUGUCAGACACCCAGAAGCAUCUCGAGGGUCUUCACUCCAAGAACAGAAAGAGCAGCAAGGAGUUGGAUGACCACCUCAACAACUACUUGACCAAACUACCGAUGCUUGCAGGUAUUAGUGACCACGACCUGUUGUUCUCUGAGCAGGUCAGCGUUGAUCACGACGAUGAGGAUAUCAAAUCGUUCGAGCAAGGCGUCCAGCCAAACACUGACAGACAUGUUAAGAAGAAGAAGAUCACCAUUGUCACCAAAGAUACGCCGAACAAGUCACAGGUGUUGGCCAAACAAUUCAUUUAUGCCGACGAUGACCAGGCAGACGACGAUGAUGUUAUUGUGAUUGAAGACUUCUCGUCACCACCAGUUAGGCCUGCAAUAGUGCCAAACAAUUCAAUGGCUCAUGGCUGGGGCUCAUUAAACGCUCCUGUGGCCAGGCCCUUGGCAACGAACCAGAACCAAGGCUUGGGUGGCAGUUGGCCAACACAACUCCAGUCUAUCCACCAGCCAAUCCAACAGCCACCAUCAAUGACAUUGGCACAACAAAUACAUCUUCAGAGGCAACAACAGAUUCAACAACAACUGCUGCAACAACAACAACAUCAGCACAAGACAUCACAGUACAACGUACUAAUGGCAGACGCUCAACGAUUCAUGCAGAUUGAUCAGGUGAAAGCGAUCAAUCUCUUGUUGGACGCACAGAGACUUUUCAACAGCAAGGAGCUGGAGGACUUGAUUGUACAACAAUAUUCCCAAUUGGUGAAUGGUAACAUCCAAUCGAAUCCAGUGACUUCAAUCUAG